UGUUCUGACACGCUGGAAGGCAUUGCAGUAUCCGAUCGAGCUACAUAGUUCCGAAGUAGACCGGAACACGAUCGUUGCUGUGUGGACGAAGCAGUUUCAAGUGACGGAUAGCGACACUGCGCGCAAACCGUACUUGAAAAUGGCAGUGCAUAGCGACUUUCUGACUGCGGAUUUUCGGUUCAGUCUGUCCUUAGACGGGCAGCAACUGGUCGAGCCAGUGCUGGUGAGCAGCGGAUACUCAAACUUAGUCGAACUCGCGAAAGCGGGCCAGUACUCGUUGAAGCUGUACUACCUGACCGGCGAUAAUCACGUGCGAACGACGUGGACGCUAGAGUCCCGCGACGUGGUGCUGUGUCCCAAGUUUCAAGUGGAUUUGCGAAUGGUUCACCGCAUUUUUCCAGAAAGAAAUGAUAAAGGAGCAUCGUCAACCACUGGUACAGGUACUAGUGCAGGGACAUCAGGUGGCUCAUCGGCAGGAGCUGGGAUCACGCCUGAACAAGUGAAGCUGAAGUAUGGGGACAUUCACGGCAUCGAAAAUACCUACGCUUCUGCUGCAGAAGAUCACAGCUUCGACAACGUAAAGGACCCUAUGUCCAACAAUUUCGAUUUGGGUGCGGAAGACGCGCUUGCGGCCAGUACGAAUAGCAAUGGCCAGGUCGUGGACGCGGUUGGCGGUUUGAACAAGGUUGAUCCGCAUGCAACCUGGCUGUGCAAAGUUGGUCUGCCCUCGUUCCCGACAAAAAUCACCUCCCACGCAGGCGAGCCCCUGAUUAUGGACUCCAUUUUUGUAAUUCCGUUUACCGGUUCCUUUGUGACAACUCUCUAUCUUCCGGAGGAAUUUUUGCUGAAGAUUCAAGUUCGCGACUCCGGUGAUAGUGGCCACGGUGUCACUUUUUCGGUGACGCCUCGGGCGAAGACCACAGGAAAAACCGCGGCCGGAGGAGACUCGACUACUCCUGCGCCUCCUGGUGGUGGCGGCGUCUAUCAGAUCUCAGAUCCUGGGGAGGGCAGUUUUUUGGCGGUGCUAAACCCCAAGGAUCCGAACAACGCGGAUCUGCAGCCCAGGGAUCAGGGUGAGGAUCCUACAAAUGGCAUGCUGUCGCUUCUCGGCUUCGAGCUGACCAUCAAAGAACAGAAAAGAGGUGUCGGCAAAAAGCAGCGCGGAAAAUGCCCACAGAUGCGCAUCAAUCUCG